GUGCGUCAGUACGUCGUACAGGUGAUCUUCUCCGUGACGUUUGCAUUUUCUUGCACCAUGUUUGAGCUCAUUAUCUUUGAAAUCUUGGGAGUGUUGAAUAGCAGCUCAACAGCCUCCAGCCAGGGAAAGUAUGUAAGGAAUCAAGCUCACCUAAUGGCAGAGGCCAAGUUGUUAGCCUCUCGCAGGGGCGAUCACCACAGAUAUUUCUCUGGAAAGGAUGUUGUUGAUGCCACUGUUAAUUACCUUUGCAUUUUCUUUUUAUGAAAUCUUUGAAGAAAUGUUACUGUAAUCUUGCUAAUAAUUCAGUAACAAUAAAUUGAUAAUUCUUCCUUUGAGCGAUUAAUUUAUUUUCUUACAGACACUAUGAUUUUAUCUAACGGAUCAAAGUUGUUAUUUCACAUUGACCAUUAGAAAACUUAUACCUCAGUUUAUGACCUACCCAUAGCAAGUUUCUAGAAUUCUGUUUUAUUUUAGCCAUCAGGUUUGGCCAAAUAUUUUACUAUCUGUUACCAAUUGUUGUUUCUUUCUCUCAUCUUUUCUUAUAGUUCUUUUCAUCAUCCUGUAUUUUAUUUGUCUUUAUAAGCCAUUUAACCACUUUUGCCUUUUUUGAAACAAGGCCUAAAUAAGUUUAAAUCAGUAAAUACAAAGGACACCAUCAAGAAAGUGAACAAACAUUUUAAGAACAAGAGAAAAUUUUUACAAAUUACCUAUCUGAUAAUGGACUGGGACUCUUAUCUAGAAUAUAUAAAGAAUCCUUACAGUUCAAUAAUAUAAUACAAUUAAAAAAUUACUUAAAAAUCUGAGUAGGCAUUUCUCCAAAGAUGAUAUACAAACAGUGAGUAAGCACAUAUGAAUAGAUGCCCAGUACCAUUAGCCAUCAAGGAAAUGCAAAUCAAAACCACAGUGAGAUUACCACUUUACACCCAUUAAGAUGGCUAUAACCAAAAAAACAGACAAUUGCAAGUGUUGGCAAGGCUGAGGAGAAAGUGGAACUCUCAUACACUGCUGAGGAAAAUGUAAAAUGAUGUGGCCACAUUGGGAAACAGUAGGAGUGCCUCAAAAGAUUAAAUAUAGAUUUAUCACAUGACCCAACAAUUCCACUCCGUUUCUACCUAAAGAGAAAGGAAAACAUACAUCCACACCAAAAUGUAUACACAUACAUUCAUAGCAUCUCUAUUUAUAAUAGCUAAAAACAGCCCAAAUGUCUUCACCUAAUGAAUACAUAAGCAAAAUAUAAUAUAGCCAAAAGUAAUGGGAUGAAUAUUUUUCAACCAUCAAAGGAAUUGUUGGUAGAUACUAUAACACGGAUGAACCUUGCAAACAUUAUGGUAAGUAAAAGAAGCCAGUCACAAAAGAUCACAUAUUGGUGGCUUCCUAGAAACAGAAAGCAUAUUGCUGCUUUCCUAGAGCCGAGGAGGUUGGGGAGAAGCAGGGAGUGACUCCUAAUGGCGACAGGGUUUCUUUAUGGAGUAAUGAAAAUGUUCUAAAAUUGACUGAGGUGAUGAUUUCACAACUCUGAGUAUACAAAAUCCAUUGUAUAUGGAAACUUUAAAUGGGUAAAUUAUAUCUCAUUAAAACUUAUUUAAAAAGUGCUAAAAGUUUUAAUAAAAUACAUCUUAUAAAAUGUAAUAAAAGUAAUUCAUGCAAAUCAGGUGUUUAUAUCAAGAGUACAAAAGAAAUAAUUUUGAGUCUUAAUAGCAUGUAUUACUGUUAGCAUUUAUUUUCCUUAAAUUCUUACAUUGGACACUAAGAUUGGCAUCAAUAUGGUGACCUCCUGGGAAUGGCAGACCACCAGGUUGCCUAAGGCGGAGUGAACUGGCCCAGGUUGGAAACAGAGCAGGUCAAAACUCCUGUGCUGAUCAGUAGUGGGAAGAGCCACUGCACUCCAGCCUGGGCACCAGAGCGAGACCUCGUCUCUAUAAAAAAAAAGAAAAAAAAACAAAAACAAAAUUCUUACAUUGGAAUAAGAUUCCUACUGCUCUCGUUAUUUUCACUGGAAAAUGAACCUGUGUGUAAUUCUGCUGAUCCUGGUUUUCAUGGUGCCUUUUUACAUUGGCUAUUUUAUUGUGAGCAACAUCCAGCUGCUGCAUAAACAACGACUGCUUUUUUCCUGUCUCUUAUGGCUGACCUUUAUGUAUUUCUUCUGGAAACUAGGAGAUCCCUUUCCCAUUCUCAGCCCAAAACAUGGGAUUUUAUCCAUCGAACAGCUCAUCAGCCGGGUUGGUGUGAUUGGAGUGACCCUCAUGGCUCUUCUUUCUGGAUUUGGUGCUGUCAACUGCCCAUACACUUACAUGUCUUACUUCCUCAGGAAUGUGACUGACACCGAUAUUCUAGCCCUGGAACGCCGACUGCUGCAAACCAUGGAUAUGAUCAUAAGCAAAAAGAAAAGGAUGGCAAUGGCACGGAGAACAAUGUUCCAGAAGGGGGAGGUGCAUAACAAACCAUCAGGUUUCUGGGGAAUGAUAAAAAGUGUUGCCACUUCAGCACCAGGAAGUGAAAAUCUUACUCUUAUUCAACAGGAAGUGGAUGCUUUGGAAGAACUAAGCAGGCAGCUUUUUCUGGAAACAGCUGAUCUGUAUGCUACCAAGGAGAGAAUAGAAUACUCCAAAACCUUCAAAGGGAAAUACUUUAAUUUUCUUGGUUACUUUUUCUCUAUUUACUGUGUUUGGAAAAUUUUCAUGGCCACCAUCAAUAUUGUUUUUGAUCGAGUUGGGAAAACAGAUCCUGUCACAAGAGGCAUUGAGAUCACUGUGAAUUAUCUGGGAAUCCAAUUUGAUGUGAAGUUUUGGUCCCAACACAUUUCCUUCAUUCUCGUUGGAAUAAUCAUUGUCACAUCCAUCAGAGGAUUGCUGAUCACUCUUACCAAGUUCUUUUAUGCCAUCUCUAGCAGUAAGUCCUCCAAUGUCAUUGUCCUGCUGUUAGCACAGAUCAUGGGCAUGUACUUUGUCUCCUCUGUGCUGCUGAUUCGAAUGAGUAUGCCUCUAGAGUACCGCACCAUAAUCACUGAAGUCCUUGGCGAGCUGCAGUUCAACUUCUACCACCGUUGGUUUGACGUGAUCUUCCUGGUCAGCGCGCUCUCUAGCAUACUGUUCCUCUAUCUGGCUCACAAACAGGCACCAGAGAAGCAUAUGGCACCUUGAACUUAGGCCUACUGCAGACUGUUAGAGGCCAGUGGUCUCAAAAUUUAGAUAAAAGAGGGGCAGAAAACGGAGGGAACCAGGGCCUGACAUUUUACAAACACACACAACGCUGUGGUAGCAUUUUUACCGCUCACAUACUCCUUCCCCACCGGGUGAUACUAUGAUCACGAGUAGCAUCAGCCAGAACAUGAGGGAGAGAAGUAACUCAAGACAAUACUCAGCAGAGUGUCCUGUGUGGACUUGAGGCUGGUGCAGAAGCGGAGAGGAGCCAAGAGACUCAAGGGGAGAAAUACACUGGAACUCUGGGGCAAGAGAUGUCUGCGGUAGCUGGCCAAACACACAGGAUUUCCGUUUUAAGGUUCACAUGGAGAAGGUUACAGCUUUCGCUUGAGAUUGACUGUCAUUAAAAUCAGAUUGUAACA